UGACAUUUUAAAACAAACACGCAUUCUACGCAUCAAACUCAAACUAACAACAAUGUUCGCUAAGCUCGCAGUCGUCCUUUGCCUUUUGGGCAUGACCCGUGCCGGAUACCUCCACGGCGCUGGACUUGGCUAUGGUCUCGGCAGCUACGGCUAUGGCGGCUAUGGUCACGGCUACGGCUCUCUCGGCUAUGCCGCGCCUGCGUACAGCGCUUACUCCGCUCCUAUCGUAAAGGCUGUAGCCCCGGUCGUGUCCUACGCUCCGGCCGUCUCCUCAGUUUCCCGCUAUGACGUCCACUCAUCUCCCAUAAUCAAGUCGUAUGCCCCAGUUGCGUCAUACGCGUAUGCCCCUUCUCUGUCUUAUGGAGCAUAUGGGCACGGAUAUGGAGGCUAUGGUCACGGUUAUGGAGGCUAUGGAAGCUACGGCGGCAAAUACUUAUGGUAAAAAUACAUAAAAACCUAGUGGUUUUACACUAUCUUCUUCUUUAAAAUUACGUCUUAUUAAACAUACCAAGUGUAUCUAGAACUUUCUUCUUGUGCAAUAAAUGUGAUAUAAAGUUUUGUAUAUGAUGUGCGGUGGAUAUCGUGCGGUGCAAUAUUAGCUUCAGAAAAUGUGAUAUACUUUAAGUUGUAAAUAAAUGUAUAAAAAGUUA